UAUCACUAACGUGAGUUUAUUCCGUUUCACAUCUGCAGUCUACUCCGAAUUAAUUCAUAUCGUUAUUUGUUUAAGUUACUGCAUAUUAUCUCUCGCUCGACUGCAACAACAUCCGCAAUCGUCAGAAUGCUCAGAUCUCAUUAAACCUUUUCAACGGACCGGAUUUAUUUUAGUGGGUAUAAUGACAGCCGCGAAGUAUGUUGACACGCGAGCUUACAACGUAUGGAAAACGUGGGCGAAACAUGUUCCAGGAAAAGUUUUGUUUUUUGUUGCCGAGAAUACAGAAUCUGUACAUCCGGAGUUACCAUUAAUACGUCUUAAAGGCGUAGAUGAUACGUAUCCGCCACAGAAGAAGAGUUUCGCAAUGGUCAAAUGGAUGGCGGAGAAUUAUCUGGAUGAGUUCGAUUGGUUUCUCAGGGCGGAUGAUGAUCUAUAUGUACGAGGUGAUGAACUGGAGAAGUUUCUUCGUUCGCUAGAUUCAUCCAGGGCACAUGCAAUUGGUCAAGCGGGUCUAGGAAAUAGUGCUGAAUAUGGUCUUCUUGCACUAGGAUCCACAGAUAACUACUGCAUGGGAGGUCCUGGAGUGGUGAUGAGCAGGGAAACCUUGCGGCUCUUAUCUCCACACUUAAAGUCUUGCCUUGAACAUCUGCUUACAACACAUGAGGACGUUGAGUUGGGUAGAUGUAUUCGACGGCACGUUGGUGUUGCCUGUACGUGGAACUACGAGAUGCAGAAAUUGUUUCAUAACAACCAAACAGCUGCAAAAGCCUAUACUGGUGAUCUAUCGGAGGUCAGGGCUGCCAUUACAGUUCAUCCUAUCAAAGAUCCAGUGGUAAUGCGUCGUGUCCAUGUACACGACCGUGCGUUCCGUUUACAAGCGUUGAGAGCACGACGAGUGUCGUUGCGAACAGAACGCAGUGACGUGCAGCAACCUACCUCUCGAGAUCUGACUCCAUGGGACUAUAUAAACAACAACAAGAUACUCUUUUGUGCUGAUCGCGUUAACUGUCCACGACAUACGGUAGACUUGAGCAUAAGAACCGAAAUGGGAAAUAUUGUAACUCAAUUGUUCGAGGAAUUCAAUUCGAAUGCACGUCAGAGAGGAAGAGUUCUACAAUUCCAAAGCUUACAAUACGGUUACAUGCGGGUUGAACCUCGUUACGGAGUUGACUACGUAUUGGAUAUGAUUUUAUGGUUCAAAAAAUUCCGACCGCCUCAUCGGACCACCUUGUCAGUUCGACGGCAUGCUUACGUACAGCAGGUUUUCGCUCCUCUUCAGGCAACCUCAGAUCGCAAAUUGAGAAGGAAUCUACGCCAAGGAAGCAAUUUUACAGGGGAGAAUGCUCAUCUACACAUGAUUCUACCCCUGAAGGGUCGUUCGGAGAUCUUUGCAAGGUUCGCGAGCCAUCUAAAGAAUAUUUGUGCACGAGCUGGCGACAUUUCACUAGUGGUAGUUCUGUACGAAAGUGAAGAUGAGAUAGCAAAUCGGAUAACAAUCGACGAAUUGCGUCAAAGUUUUGUACGCGUUGAAGUAAUCGAAAUGGAUAAAGCACCGUUCAGUCGAGGUAUAGCUCUUAUGAAAGGUGCUGAACGCGUCCCUGCUGAUGGACUAAUGUUCUUUACUGAUGUCGAUAUGCUAUUCACCUGUGAUGCACUACAUAGAGUCCGAUUGAAUACAAUCCUCAAUGCACAAGUGUAUUUUCCCAUCGUGUUCUCUGAAUUCUCUCCGGAGAGUUGGUCAGAGAAUGAUCGUUUACUCGCCGAUGCGUUCCAUUAUGGCAGAAGAAGAGGAUAUUUCAGACAUUUCGGUUAUGGACUGGCCGCACUUUAUAAGGCAGAUCUGAUUGCAGUUGGUGGAUUCGACACUAAAAUCGAAGGUUGGGGUUUAGAAGACGUGGAUCUUUUUGAAAAGGUCGUAAAGUCUGGAGAUUUACGGAUAAUACGAUCACCUGAACCCGGUUUGGUUCACAUAUACCAUCCAAUUCACUGUCCCGAAUCCAUGCCGCAAGCUCAACGGCACAUGUGCCAUGGGUCGAAAGCGGCUAGUUUGGCAUCAAUUGACGCGCUGGUGGAUCAGAUUUCACAUUAUACAUGA